CCUAUUUGGUGAACCCCCUUCUCUUAGUCUAAGUGUUAAUGUACUUUAACUGUCCAAGUGUGUGUACACCAUGGCAAAGGAAUUGGGUUGUGGGGCUGUCGUGUUUCCUAGAAAAGGGAGGAGCAUCUCCAAAAUGGGAACGUCCAAAGCCAGAGAGCUGGUGAGAGGAGGGGCACCUGAAACAAGAGUGUAUAUGAAGCCCUCACAUGCACAGAAUAUGCCAACAGUAGAGCAGCUGCAUUCCUUUUUCUGCUGGUGUCUCUCUCUCUUUUGGCUUUUUUAUUCUGUUGGGUCUCCACCAUGUUGGGAUGGCUACUUCUACGGACUUUGCUGGUCCUUUGGCUGGCGCAUAGUGCGCACCUGAAGAACAAUGGAAAUGGUGGGGGUGUUGGAAGGAUGUUGAUGCCAUCCAAUGGAUAUGGAUACAAGGGAAAUGGUUACAGUGCUGGAGCCGGAGUGCCCAAUGGAAACGGUGCCAAACCCAAUGGUUAUGGUGCUCCUGCAGCUAUGUCCAAUGGAAAUGGUGCUAAACUCAAUGGUUAUUAUGGUGCUCCUGCAGCUGUGCCUAAUGGAAAUGGUGCUAAACCCAAUGGAUAUGGUGCUCCAGCUGCUGUACCCUAUGGUCAAAGGUCAAAAAGCUAUAGUGCUCCAGCUGCUGUACCCAAUGGAAAUGGUCAAAAAUCAAAAGGUUAUGGUGCUCCUGCAGCUGUGCCUAAUGGAAAUGGUGCUAAGGCCAAUGGUUAUGGUGCGGGUGUGCCUAAUGGCAAUGGACAAGGAGCUAAACACAAUGGUUACGGUGCUGCUCCAGCUGCUGUGUCCAACGGACAAGGAGCUAAGCACAAUGGUCAAGGAGCUGGAGCUGGUGCACCCAAUGGACAUGGUGCUCCGAAUCCAAAUGCUGGCAUGAAAGGACCCAUGAAAGGAUACGGCCGACCACCUUUUGGUGCAGGUGCUUCUCUUGGAGUGGGGACUCGAAAGGGUCUGGGGGUACCUCAACUAGCUACAAACAGGAGGGGAGUGUAUGGCAGUAAUGGGUAUGGCUCACAGCCAAUGAAUGGCUACAGGCCAAAUGGUGCCUAUGCCAGGGCUGGUCUUGGCCUGGGUGGUGGCCUCUCGGCUGGAUACUCUAAUGGAGGAGGCCAAAAAAGACCCACGCAGGGUUACGGCGGUCCCAAUGGACAAGGUGUUAAACCCAAUGGUUAUGGUGCUCCUGCAGCUGUGCCAAAUGGAAAUGGUGCGAAAAAAAACAAAGGCUAUGGUGCUGGAGCUGAUGUGCCAAAUGGACAAGGUGCCAAACCCAAUGGUUAUAGUGCUGGAGCUGGUGUACCCAAUGGACAAGGAGCUAAACCCAAUGGUUAUGGUGGUGUACCCAAUGGAUAUGGUCUCAGACCCAGUGGGUAUGGAUAUCUCAAUGGUGGGGCAAAGGCACCCAAACCAGGUUAUGGUGCAGGAGCUGGUGUACCCAAGAGAUAUGGAGCUAAACCUAAUGGUUAUGGUGCUGGAGUUGGUGUGUCCAAUGGACAAGGAGCGAAUGGUUAUGGAAAUGGAUCACCUCAACCUCAAAAUACUAAAGGUGUCGGAGCAGGUGCACCCAUUGGAGGAACCGAAGCGUCCAAUGGAGGAACUAAAGCACCAAAUGGUGGGUAUGGUGUUCCUGCUGGUGUACCCAAUGGACAUUUGGCUAAAAUAGUCAAUACUGGUUACGGCAUGCCAAAUGGAUACAGCAUGUCAAAUGGUCAGGGUACUAAAGGUGUUGGUGCACUGAAUGGAAAGGGCCCCAAAGGUUAUGGUCCAGGAGCUGGUGUCCCCAUUGGCUUGGGUGCUAAACCCAAUGGUUACGGAGGAGGAACUGGUGUAAACGGAGGUGGUGCCCCCAAUGGCUAUGGUGCGAAACCCAAUGGUUACGGUGUCGGAGCCGGUGCACCGAACGGACGUGGAGCCAACCCCAAUGGUUAUGGUGCAGGAGCUGGUGUACCAAAUGGAGGUGGUGUCCCCAAUGGCUAUGGUGCGAAACCAAAUGGUGAUGGUGCUGUUGCAGGAGGCUAUAAUCCUGUUGCUGCUGGCUAUGGAUAUGGACCUGGAGCAGGUGAAAAUCCUUUCGCAGGAAAACCCAAACAACAUAGUGGUUAUGGUCAAGGUGUCUACCAUGGAACUGGUUAUGGAUAUGGCGCAGCUGCAAAUGGAAAUGGCUACGGUGCACCUGCAAUUGGUGUGCCUGCUGGUAUGGAGGCAAAAUCAGGUGGGGUUGGUGCAGGACUUGGAGAGCCUGCAAAUGGCGGCAAAUAUGGUGGUUCCGGACCUUAUGGCGGAGCUCCAAUCAUUCCUGCUGGACUGGAUGGAACAAGUCAGUUUGAACCUCAACCCGCUGGCCUACGUCCUGAUGGGAAAUCAGGUGGAAUAUAUGGUGGAUUGGGUGGGCCAUAUGGUGGUCAGCCCCUCGGAAUGGGCCCAGAGGCAACAUCUCAGACCAAAUAUGGAAAUGGUGGAAUCGCCAAUGCACCUGAUGUUGGCAAGUCAGUUGGUAAAUACGGAAAUGGUGGUCUACCCUAUGGAUCUCAGACUCUUGGAUUGGGUGCCGAAUCCAAAUCCUCUGGAAAAUACGGCGGGCUGGGCACUGGAAUGGGAGGGGAUCCUGCACCUGGAAAAUAUGGAUAUGGUGCACCCUAUGAUGGGCAACGUCUUGGCCUAGGGGGUGAUCCUGGGAAAUCAGCUGGCAAGUAUGGCUAUGGAGAGGUGCCAUACGAGCCUCAGCCUCUUGGACUUGGCCCCGAUUCUGGUAAAUCGAAUGGAAAAUAUGGACAGGGUGGGUUGCCAUACGAGCCUCACCCUCUUGGGCUCGGUCCAGAUGCUGGAAAAUCUGCAGGCAAAUAUGGGGGCGGUGCACCGGAAUCCUAUGCACCAGAACCUCUUGGCCUUGGUGGUGAAGGACAGAAAUCUCCUGGGAAAUAUGGUAACCUUGGACCAUACGAGCCACAGACCCUUGGAUCAGUCACUGAUGGCAAAUCCACCGUACAAUACGAAAAUCCUAUGCCUUAUGAGCCUUUGCCCCUCGAAUCAGAGGCUGUCGGAAAGUCAUACGGUAACGAGAGAAUAGGAGAAAUAGCACCAGCACAACCUACUAGACUUGAAGAAGAGGGAAAAUCUACUGACAAAUAUGGCAAUGGGGGUUAUAUAAAUGGACAAGUUCAGCCAGAAGUUGUCUCCUUCCCCCCAGCUCCCACUCCUUGGCCCUCCAUCUCCUAUCCCCCCAUCCCCUCAUUUGUGCCCGUAGUGUCCUUCUUCCCCCCCGAGGCCCCUGCCGCAGCUGUUUCAGAGGCCCCACCCAAGCCUGUGGGCACUGCCAGCCUCUCCCUUGCAUCUGCGCCCAGCACCCAAAUGAAAGCCCCGCCACACGGGCCUGACACUGCGUUGCUUCAGCCACCGCACCAGAUACACAUUCAGCAGCACCUCAAGCUGCACAUUCACCCGCAGGGCAAAUCAUGGCGAGGAGGUGCAAAGGAGAAGAAAUAUGAAUUAACAGGAUUCUUUGGGAACAGUGGAUACUAAGGUUGACCAGGGUGACGGUGGCCAUUUACAGCAUUUAACUUCACUAGAUUUUUUUACAUUGCUGUUGUUGUUGUAUAUUUGUUUUAAUUCCCUUUUUAAUUGAUCUCUAGUUUUUCUAUAAUUAUUAAUAUCUCCCUGUCCGUGCCAAACCAGUCCUGCCUGACAUAUUUUUUUAUAGUUUUCAUGCCAUGUUUGUAAUAUCACUAGAACUAAGAAAACACACAUUUAAGUCUUGUUAGGGCAUACCUUCUUUGUAGUUUAUAUUUUCUACAAAUGUAUCUUGAUUAUGUGUCUGUCUUAUUUCAUUUUGUAACCACCUGUCUUUCUCCACUUACUGGAUAAGGUGAAUCAUGUUUUGAGAGUUUGUGUGCUACAAAUAUUUAAUGUGUUGAUUGAAUCAGUCCAGUUUUUGUCUGCAUAGUUUUAUAAACUCAAACUCAAACAAAUGUAUUUUGUAUGGGAAAGUUUUUUUUGUUUUGUUUUACUACCUGUGGCAAACACCUGUACAUUUUUGGACAGUUUUGAUGGAAUAAAAACAGACUGGAAAUAC